UCCAAGGGCCGGUUCUGCUUUGUUUAGAAAUUGUCAAAAAUAGCACAAGUAUGACAUAAGUAAAUUAUUUGUGAUUGAUUCUGGGAAUAAAUGAAUUUCUUAUUCAAAAUUCAUGCAAAAUUUCUUCAAGAUGCAUAUACUUCAGCAAAGUUAGACAAAAAUCCGUACUCUUGUGCACCGAGCAUAGUUUUCUUGUCUUGUAUGUUCAGUCUUCUGUAUUUUCAAUUUCAUCAGUACACCAGUUCGUAUACAAGAUGGAAGGCACGUUUAUAUAAGGAUGUUUUUUUUCACUGGGCCUACUUCUACAUUACAAGAUUAUGGUUUCUUUUCACUAAAUUUGCAAGAUAUCUAAUUACGUCUAUGGAUCAAUUUAUUGAGGAUAAUAGUCCAAAAGAGGAAAUUGUGCUCAAUCAGACCCUUACACAUGUUUGUAUGUUUAUCGUAAUGCUAACGAUAUCAUUCAUUCCUCUUGUAAUAUUAAGCCUUCAACAAAUGUAUAGAACGAACAUACCGAAUUUUUUAAUCUGGGUUACUGAAGAUCCAAGAACUAACAGCGAAAUUGGUACAUCUGGUCACUAUCUGGAAAGACCACCUAGGUUUGUACAAUCUUACAAAAGUUCCGCUGCUUCAUACCGUUCGAAAAGGUCUACCAGCUUUGAUUCUGAUAUAUUUUUGGAUAAGGCUAACGAUUCUUGCAGACAUUCUAAGUCAAUGUCAACAUUUAAUGUGGGAACAUCUCUGGAAGAUUUAACAAAAGCAAAGUGAAUUUUAUUAAACG